GUGGUGGAAGGGAAUUGGUGAAAAUUGCAGGUCACGGAUGAUGCAAACCUGAGCGGAUUCUGGUAUCUCCCCUGCCCUCCAGUCCUCACAGUGUUGUUAGGCCACAGUGUUACUGGAACCUGCAGGCCAAUGGAUGAACAGGACAAUGAUUUUAAAGAGUUGUGGGCAAAUCUUUUGGGUAGAGCGAAGAAAAAAGCUGGGGAUGCUGAAGCAGCAAAGAGGGCUCAGAACAGGCCAAAGAGCACUGCAGCAAGAGGCAAAUUAAGAAGAGGCAAAGCUGCUGCUAAGAGCCAAAACCAUCAUCACUUACCAGCAGCGAAGGAAACAAACUUGCCUCAAGAUUUGGGUCCAAAGGAACAAACAUUGGUGCACAAAGAAGAUGGUGACGCUGUGGCCUGUAGUAGUGGUGAGACUGCACAAGGGGAUGGAAAGAGAAGCCCUUUCCCUGCCAGCCAGCUGAGUACAGUGGCCAGUGAGUGUAGCCAGAGGACUCUGACAGUAAAUACUCUGAGUGGCUCUUCCCAGACUACAUUAUCCUUCCAUCCUGCUACACAGCCAGGGACCUGCUCUUCACCCACCUCAAAGAUACCGCCGCUCGCAGGGUCCAAGAUGCGGGUAGCAGAGCUGGUAGUGGAAAGAAUGCAGCAGUUCAAGAGAGUGGCACCUGAGCAGCUAAAACACAGCACAGAUGAUAGUUUGCCAAAGUCUGUAGCCAGCGGGGAUUUCCCUGAUGAAAGCCAGGAGCAGAACCCACCAGAGAAUGAUACCCACCAUCUUCCAUCCAUGGAGCAUGACGGUGCUCUGGCUUUGGCUCUUCAGCAGGAAACCAAAGAGGAAGCCCUGGCAAGCCUGGAGGAUGCAGGCUUCUUUUUUUGUCAGAUCUGCCAGAAGGAUCUCUCAGCUAUGAACACAACGCGACGAGAGCAGCAUGUUAACAGGUGCCUGGAUGAGAUGGAAGAAGCACAGAUGUCGUCCUCCAGCAAACCACUGGUCCCUGAAUGUCCCAUCUGUGGGAAGCAGUUCCAAACCCCACAGAGCCGAGUCAGUCACUUGAAACGCUGUGCUGUCGAGAUGGAUGUUCCUCCUAAGCUGCUUCUUCAGGCGGUGCAGUUGCAGGUGUCCACGCUUGGUGAUACACCUCUUCAGUGUCCCGGUAACAAUCAACCAAGCAGGUCAAAGCGAAAAGGCUCCUCCAAAGAGGACUCAAAGAAAACGCAGAAGAGGGCCAAAAUGGAGACUAAGGAUGAAGAUUUGCUGGUUGCUAUGGCAAUGUCACGCUCCCUGUUGGAGCAAGAAAAGCAGGAACAAGCAAAAUCAGUUACAAAUGUGAAACCAGUGGCUGCUUUGCCAAUCAAAUGGAAGCCAGGAUCAGAGAAAAAACGGCGUAAAAGAGGCCCAACUGCACCUCCACCAUUACUGCUUCAGGACCCGGAGAAGACCCGCAAAAGGAUCCAAGAGCGAGUAGCUAUGCUGCUUGCAGAAGAGGUGGAAUUCCCUCCCACCCCUCAGCUUCCCACUAGUAGGAUUUUGGAGGAUGAAUCUGGGAAAGCAACCUGGCUUUUGCCAUUGUGCAAAACCAAGGAGUGCUUUUUAUGGAAUAUCAGUGCUCUGACGGGACCCUAUGACCCUGAAGCAUUCUACACUGCUGCAUUAACCCCUCCAAUUGUACCUUGGAAGCCUGUGCAGAAUCAUAAGCCAGAGAACCUUCUGCCAUCGGUGGGAUCUGAUCAGCCAAAAGUAUCCCAGCAAAUUCAGCCUGACCUCAGUUCUCAUGAGCCCACUGGCACAGAGGUUGGAGGCCAAACUUCUGAUGAAUCCAAGUCAGGCCCUGAAGGAGAUGGACAGUUUUUAUCUCACAGCCAGAAGGAUGUUCAGACCCUGCAGGACCUAGUUGAGUUGGCCAGGGAAGGACUUACCCUUACUCAGUGGAACCUUGAUGUUGACCACAUUCAGGCAGCAGAGCAGCAAGGAAAAGAACUGACUUCCAGUGAUACUCCACAUAGUGGCUUUGUGCCCCCAUCCAAAGAGAAGAGCCUGCUGACGAGCAGCUGUAAAAGAUCCUCUCUCAGGUUGCUGGCUGAAGAUUUCAGUGCAAUGGUCAACAACCCCCACUUAAGUGAUGUCCAGUUCCAGGUGGACUGUGGGGAAGUCCUUUAUGCCCACAUGUUUGUGUUGUAUGCACGGUGUCCACAGGCCAUUCAAGUUGUAAGUACUCAAGGGUUCUUAGUGGAGGAGGAUGGGAAUGCGCAGACACGCCGUGUGCUGCUGAGUGACGUGACAGGAGAGGCGGUGUGUGCAUUCCUGCGAUACCUUUAUGCUGCUGAUGCUGACAUCCCUGCUGAGGUGCUGCCCCAGGUGGGGGCUCUGGCUGCCAGGUUUGGUGUGAGGGAACUGAUGGCAAAGUGUGAAAACAGCACUGGAGAGAGUCAGGUGUCUUCUGGAGUGGAUUCAGAAGAUGAUCUUAUCUCUGUGAGGGAUGACAAAGAUUGUGAGGACAGAGCUGAGAACUUCCAAGACCUCUUGAAGUCAGUGUGGGUGGGUGAAGAUGAAGAAGAAGUAGCUAUGCUGAACCACGAAUGCCAGAAGGAAGAUGACAAUGGGGUGGGUGAACAGGAGCUGGAGGAAAUCUAUGAGUUUGCUGCAACUCAGAGAAAGAUGGUUCAAGGUGAAACAGAGGUCAGCGAGGGAACAGACUGCAGCAUCUGCAGUGAUACUGAGGCAGCCCAAGGUACAAACCAGCAAACUGAGGAGGAAGAGGUAAAGAGAUCUGAAUCUGCUUCAAUAAGUAACAGCUUCAAAGAUUUGAGGGAUGACAAUGAUGUGGAAAGAUCUAAAUGUGACUCGUCUGCACAAGAAGAGAAAAUGCAGAAUAUAAAUAGGUGCAAGACCGUGAGUGAUCCACAGACCACUUUUGUGCCUCACCACAGUGAACCUCAAAAAUGGGACGUAGCAUCCCAUGGUGCCACCGCUAAUGAAGGAGGGACUGUUAGGAGAUGUGAAGGUGUGAAGGAUUCCAAGUCAUCUCAGGUCUCACAUGAUGAGGCAGAUCACUGUGAAAAACAGUUUCCUAGCUUCCAGGGUGAUACUAAUUUAAAUGAAAGUUAUGAACGCUUGUUUUCUGCAACUCAGGGAGAUUACUGUGAGCCUUCCCCAAUGAAAGAAGUUAUCAAAGAGUCAGGAAAGGCUUCAAGUGAAAAACACGUUGAUGUUAAUGAUUCGCUUGUGUACAGCAAGUCACAAAAAGACCUCUCUCCAUGUAGGAAUGGUUUUUGUGGGAGUCCUCCUCCCAAACCUUAUGUUCCCCUUUUUCCUGCUGUUAGCUCUUCACCUGCAUCUCCAAAAUCAGAGAGGAAGUUUGCCAGAGAACACGUGUCGACACCAAAGCAAAACAAAAAGGAAAAAUUAUUCCCAUCUGAUGAAAUACACUUUCAGAAAGCCAACGAGCUGGAUACAGCAUCAAGAAAUGAGAACACGAUUUCUCCAGCAGAGCUUCCCCACAUUGAUUUAAACAAGCAUACGUAUGUCCCAGUGUUGUCAUCACUGGUCAUCAGAACUCAGGAUGCUGCAGCUCAGGGGAACAAGGAGGGUGAUGUUAUUGUUUUAUCUUCUGAUGAUGAAAUGGAGUUACAAGAAGACAAGAAGUCGCCAGAAUCAGGCUCUGCUCUGAAGAAAAUGGAAAUCCCUGGGCAACUGAAAUGUACAAACGUAGAACAAGGUCCUGAGAUACCAAAACCUGAACAUAACUCAUCAGUCACUGAAACAGAGCAGAGAUCUAGCCAGGUCUCAUGUGGCAUUACAGAUACAGUGCAUAUAAGUAAUGAUGUAAAGAUGUCCACCGAAUUGCCUCUCAGCAGACAGAGAGAUGCUUGUACAGAGAGCAAACGGAGUCCAAACCUGAGGCCUGAAAAAAGGCUCAGUCAUGAAAUGUCUUUAGGUACAGACAGCUCCUGGCUAGUGCCAGACACACCGGUUCUGAGCAAAAGCAGAAGUUUCUCAACACAGACUCAGGUCACACGUAUUAGUUCUUUGAAGAGUCCAGGAUCUAAACUCAGCACAAAGAACUUAGCAGCAGGUAAUAGUAACCAUGAAAUGACUGGGAAUUUAGUGAAAGUUUGUGAGACAACGUUGUCAGACAAACAUUUGCCUAUGGAGAACUCAGUCAGUGAAGGGAGCCCUUCCAGCAGCCCAACAGCAGGAUCAUUUUCCAAGAACUCCCCACCAGUUUCUUCAGCGGAUGCAGUUCUCCUCUCCCCUGGCCACACCAACAUGAAAAGCAAAUGUGCCAAGAUCUCAUUUUUAUCCAAACCUCUGCCUCCGUGCCAUGAGCAGUCAUUGGAAGAUAAAACAAAUAUCAGUGUGGUUGAGGUAGAGGACAGUGAAAAGGAAAUAAGUCUGCCUUCUUUGAGUAGUAGCGUCUUGCUUUGUGACGAGCCCCCAAUCCCCGUUGAUGACUGCUGGCAUGUUGAAUAUCUGUCACCAGUCAGAGGUAACAGCCAGGACUCCAACCAGGUCAGCCGUGCAAAGGCCAGUACUGCCAGCAGCCCCAGACCUGGCCCUUGGCAUGACCAGUGGGAGAGCCCAGUCCACGCGCAGGAAAUUAAGGGCAGUACCCCUCUGCGAGGAAGUCCUGUUGGCAGAAGAACAGCUUUGCUCUGUCUUGAAAAGAGUCCUAUUGAGGCAUGUUCAUCAGUGGGCAGUAGACCGAGUUACCUGAACUCCAAAAUCUGGGAUGACUGGAAUGGAGAAGAGGAGGAAGAUGAAUUUCCAGAGAUCCUUCCUCUGUCUCAGAGGUUGUCAGCUGCAGCAGGUGCCUGGCAGACAGAUCCCGUAAAGACUCCUGAACCUUCCUGUCAGGAGAAUGACAAGCCUCCCAGCACUCCACUGACACCAAUGCCAGCUUACUCCAUCAUGGAGACCCCACAGCUGAAGAAGGAGUUGAGCAGAUUUGGAGUUCGUGCUCUCCCAAAACGCCAGAUGGUGUUGAAGCUGAAGGAGAUAUUCCAGUAUACUCACCAGGACGUGGACUCUGACUUUGAGGAUGAAAUCCCAUCUUCCCAGCCUCCCCUACAGAAGUCCCCGGCCAGACGCUCUAGGCAGUCAAAGGCAGACCGGACUGCAGGUGGAAAGCGUGCCAAUGCCUCGAGGGCUGUGGGCAAAAGGAAGCAGGUUGCUACAGCUUCUUCAGUGCUCCCUGUGGGGAGGGCUGAUGGUGACCUUGUUGGAUCCCAUGAAACAGGCUGUGCAGCGCCCAAGGAGGGAACUAAAACGACACAUCACCCAGAAGGAGCCAAAGAGCAGAAAAGGUCAUCUGUAUCUCCAGAGAGAUGGUCUCUGGCAGCUGAUGGUGAGGAACCAAUGCUCUCAGCAUCUCAGGAGUCUGCAGUUUCUUCAGUGGAUGGAAGCGACAUCUCUCUUGGUUCACAGAGUUCUUUCGUGAAUGGAUUUGAAGCCUGUGCUUUUGCAUCCGAGGAGGAGGAAGAGGAGCUUCCAGCAUCUCAGGCAGCAGCUCGGGAGGAAGAUAAGCUGGAGGCAGUAAGGUGCUACAUUCGUUCAAACACAGCCCUGUACCACAAGAUUCUCUUUUAUGAGCCAAUUGAGCUGGCUGAGCUGCACACAGAGCUGAAACAGAACGGCAUUAAAAUUUCCAAGGCAAAGCUGCUGGACUUUUUAGAUGCUCACUGUAUCACAUUUACCACAGCCGGAGCCCGGAAGGAGAAGGAACAGAAAAGAAAGGGGAACAAAAAACAGAGGAGACGAUACUGAAUGGAGCCCACUACUCCAUCCUGAAAAUUUCGUACAUGGAGGCCUUCUUGAUAAGCUGGAAACCCCGUUCCAGGCUGGUGCUAGCAGUGGUGCUGUGAUCGGUGGGUGCACUGCUCCUCCUCGUGGCCUGCUGUCCAGAUGACAUGCUGGAGAACAGGUCUGAACUGAGCUCCCGUUCCCAGCCCUCUGCUCCGAAUUGCACAAACUCCUCCAGUUGCUGUCCUGCGUUCAGCACGCAGGUCAUCUGGAGCCUCUUUUUUCCCCCCAAUUUUCCUCCUGUGCCUUUUCUUUUCUUUCCAUUUUUCUAAUAGGUUUUAGGUCCCCAACUUUUCUUCAUGUUGGUGCUUCUAAAGGCAGGUGCUUCCCCCAGUGACACUUGCCAAGACCUUUUCCCUAGCCUUGGGCUGUGAAACGCUUCACCCUUCAAGUUCUGGUAUUCAGUAGAAUAACCUGCCUGCAAGAAACCGGUCCCCUUUUCCCUGUGUAAAGCACUGAGUGUUAGACCCCAGUGACUUCCGUCUUCAUUUCUUCAGCAUACAGUUUGCCCUGCUGAUUGUUAAGGCAGGCAGCAUUGUGGAAAUACAAUGCCUUUCUUCUGUCCUUGGUUCAAUUUGCGAUCUCUGGUAAAACUCCUAAAUCUGUGCUUCUUAAAUGGCUGCAAAACAGUGGAAGUGUUUUUCUAGUCUCUUUGUGAUGGCUCCCAAAAGUGUCCUCUGACACCAGAUGUCAUGUGAAAGCCCUUUAGAUUCGAACAUUCAGUUCUGUAUGUUCACUUGCAUGCUGGAUCUGUGUUAAAGAUACCAUCUGCUCCGUUUUCUGAGCGCCGUUUUACCUUGUCAGUGUAGCUUGAGUAUGUCGUCAACAGAGAUGUUUUUAAGAAGACAGUAUUAUAGUGACCACUGGAUCUCUUCAGCACUUCUUAUAACCUGAUCUAAACCCACUUCUCUGAUCAGUCUCAUUUUCAAACUGGACUGAUCCUAGGUUGCAAACUGUCUGGGACUCUUGGGGAAGUCUUGGACACUAAAUUGUCAUCUUUUAUGUAUUUACUUUCACAACGUCUUCUGACUUCCGUGUGUUCUGGCAGUUCUGAGUCUGCAAAGAGUCUCUUGCAACAAAAGGGACACAACACUUCAAAAAAGAAGCCAGAUUUCUAAACGUAUUUAUAUAUUUGGAACAUAUAAAUAUUUUUUCUAUUUUUGAUACAGUAUAUCCUCGGUUUUAUUUGAUUUAUAUUAUAUACAAUAAACAAUUUCUAAGGUA